AUGCAACUGCGACGGGAAAAGGGGUUGUGCUUUACUUGCAACGAUAAAUUCUCGUGGAAGCACAAAUGUCCGAAUCGCCAAUACAUGAUUCUGCAGGUGGAUGAACCGGAUGGCGAUGUUUCCUCCUCUGUUGUCGCCGAACCUGUUCCACCGGAUCUUCCGUCGGAUGAUUCUCCAACUUUGCAUCAUUUUUCUGACAACUUAAUUCAGAUGGAGAAGAUUCCAAAAAGGAAAUCUCAAUCCAAUCGCUGGGUGAAUAACGAGUGGGACCGGUUGGAUCCAACUGCGACCCAUAUUGGUAAAUGUUCAGCUGAUGCUUCAGAAAAAAAUUAG